AUGAGCCGAUUUGCGUGGGUGCUGCUGGUGGCGAGUCUCUUGCCCACAGACGUUUGGGCAAAGACUGUUCGAGAGACUUUGCGAAUUACUUGGGAAGAGGGCGCUCCAAAUGGGCAGUCGAGAGAGUUCAUCCACACAAAUGGACAAUUUCCGAGUCCAACGCUUGUCUGGGACGAAGGGGAUGACGUUGAAGUAACUGUUAUCAAUGACAUGGCAAAGAAUGUUACUGUGCACUGGCACGGCCUAGAUCAGAAAGAUACCCCUUGGUCCGAUGGCACUCCUGGUCUUUCGCAACGACCCAUCCAGCCCGGAAAGGAGUUCGUAUACAAGUUCAAAGCGUCGCCUCCAGGAAAUCACUGGUAUCACUCCCAUGAAAAGAUGUCACUGGUCGAUGGGCUCUAUGGAGCUAUUCAUAUCAGGCCGAAGCAAGAUCGUACUGGGCUAUGGAGUCAGAUAAGCGACGACGAAAAAGACAUCGAAGCUAUGGAAAAGGCUGCCCGUGAUCCCGAGUAUCUCGUCGUAUCCGACUGGAGCCAGUAUACUUCUGAAGAAUAUUGGAAGAUAUCCACUGAUUCAGGUCUUCUUGUUUUUUGCCUCGACAGCAUUCUGGUUAACGGUAAAGGAGAGCUUUACUGUCCGGGCCAGAAGUUUCUUCAAAGUGAGCUUGCUCCAGGCCUAGCUCAGAAUGGAUUCCCGCCGGGCACUGAGGUCUCAGACAAAGGGUGCUUCCCGGCGGAUAUCGACCAAGUUCAGGGCGGCCCCUGGAACAUCACCAAGCGUCCAGACCUCAUACCGCCACGGGUGCAGGAAGGUUGCGUUGCAUCCAAGAACGAGAAUGCAACUAUUGUCGUUGACCCGUGCAAGAAUAACGGUUGGGUGAGCAUGCACAUAGUAGCCGCUGCCACCAUCGCUCAGAUUGCGUUUUCGGUCGACCAACACCCCUUCUGGAUAUACGAGGUCGACGGCAACUACGUGCAGCCCAAGAAGUUCGUGUCGACCGUAAUGUCUGCGGGAGAGACCUUUUCGAUUAUGAUGAAACUCGACCAAGAACCGGGAAAGUACACAAUGCGCAUACCCAACUCUGGGGCUUCACAGGUACUAGGUGGUUUUGCCGAAAUGGUCUAUGCGGGCCAUUCGCAAAGCCCUACCUCAGAGAAAGCGUACCUUUCUUAUGGGGGUAAUCCAAUCACGCCAGAUGUCGAGUUGCAUUCUUAUUUCCCGUGGCAGUUGGAGACGGAUCACAUGCCGCCGUGGCCUCCGAAUAAGCCCCGACCCGGGAAGGCUGACCAGGAAGUUUUUCUCGCACUUGGUCGCGUCGGCGCACCAUACAAUUACACUAUGAACACCAAGUAUCUAUUACCAGUGGAUUUUCAGAAUGACGAUCCCCUGCUAUUCUAUCCCAACGCCACGCUCGGCACUGAGGACGAAAACUUAGUGAUCCGUACUAAGAAUGGAACUUGGGUUGAUCUUAUCCUGCAGGUGUCGACUCUGCCUGGCGAUAAAUCUGCAUUUGAACAUUUCAUCCACAAGCACGGCAGCAAAACAUGGAGAAUCGGCUUUGGAACGGGCGUUUGGAACUACACCAGUGUUGAGGAGGCGAUUGAAGAGCGGCCUGAGGAUUUCAACUUGGAGACUCCUGGCCUGCGUGACACAUGGAUCACAGCGUUUUCUUUUAAUGAGGAGGCUUCAUGGAGCGUUUUCAGGUACUAUGUCGACAACCCUGGCCCUUGGCUAUUCCACUGCCACAUUGAGCUCCAUUUAAUGGGUGGAAUGGGAAUUGUUAUCUUGGACGGUGUGGAUGCAUGGCCAGAAGACAUUCCAAGCGAGUAUCAGCUAGACAAGCCGCAGGAGAAACCGCAAGAGAAACCACUUGCAUGUUAG